AUGUCAAGCUCUCAAAACCCAUGUCCUUCUAAGAACGACGAAACUCUUCCUCCACAAACCACCAUACCACCCUCAUACGAUUCUCUCCCUCAACAAAUCACCAUCGCCUAUCCAAUUUCAACCAUCUUUCCUGAGGAAACAACGAAGAGGAAAAAGACCUCAGCGAAGAAGCCAACGCCAAAGAAAAAUCAAUCCACUUCGCGUGCUUCAUCUGCUUCAAAACAAACGGGUAAGAAAUCAAAAUCCACUUCUAGAGUUGUUCAUACGAUGCGCGAAUUGUAUCUUGACAAUCCUGCUACUCCAAAUGUUGAUGAUAAUGCUGAAGCAUCUAGAUCUAGUAAGAAGAAUUUAAGUUUGGAAUUUGAUUCAACUGAAACCCUAGGAUUAGAAAACCCUAGGUCUGCUAAAUUAGGGAAAAGCUCUUUGGAAAACUCUGAUGUUGCUAUUGAUAAUAUUGGCGCUACCUCUAAGGCCAAUCUUGAGUCUGAGAAGACAAUUGAUGAAAACGCUGACUCUGGGCUAGAUGCUGCAAAUGAUGCUACAACAUCUGCAGCAAAUGUUGAUGUUAGUGCUUCUGUAGUCCCUGAUUCACCAAACUCUCAUGUGGUUCCUGAUAAUGAGAAAGGGACUGAAACCACCAUCCCUACUAAUGUCACUAAUCAGGAUAAGGGUGAAACUGCAAAUGUGUCUGAUACAAGUGAGGCAAAUUUUAUUGAUGUUGAAAGCCUCAAACUCAAGGAAACUCCUGUGACUAGGGCUGGUAUGUCUAGGAGGCUGAGAAGUAGUACUGGAAAAGAUAUAGCCACUCCUUCUGAAGCCACCACAACUAAACUUGGGCAUAAGAAACAGUGGAGCAAGGUCACUAUAGCCUCUGAAAGUAGGAAGAAGACUGUGAAGAGGAAGACUAUUCCCUCUAGUGACUCUGACUAUGAGGAAGACCAGGAUGCUGAAGCAUCUCCUGCAGCAUCUCCUCAAAAAUCUGCCAAGAGAAGAAGAAUGGCCUCUAAUGUACCAUCUGUACCAAUUGAUAAUGUCUCCUUCCACUGUGUUGAGAAUGUUGACAGGUGGAAAUUUGUGUUCAAAAGAAGAAUGGCAAUAGAAAGGAACCUUAAUGAAGAAUUCUUAAAAUGUCAAGAUAUUAUAGGUCUGAUAGAGGAAGCAGGGCUGCUAAAGACUGUGUCUGAGUUGGGAAAAUUCUAUGAGAAGCUGACAAGAGAAUUCUUGGUGAACAUCCCAUCUGACUGUGAUAACCCCUUAAGUCCUGAAUACUUAAAGGUGUAUGUGAGGGGAAAAUGGUUGAUUUCUCACCAGCCAUCAUCAACCAACAUCUGGGUAGAUGUGAUGAUCCUGCACCUGAGCUGGAGAUGUCUAUGA